AGAACUGGGCUGUCUGCUGCAUCUCUGUAGUGCCUGAAAAGCAAAGGCAGAACUGGCCAGAGUCUCUCAGCUGCAGAAGCUGCACAGAGUAGUUUUAAGUCUGGGGGUGAGAGGAGAUAAAGAAUUUGGCUUUGAAGUCUGAAGCAUUUGGAGUAGCUUGUAGGAGAGAAAAAACCACCUGGAAAAGUUGACCUGAGAAUUUUUUUUUGUUUAAAUUCUUUAUGCAUUGCCCAUGAAUUUGUCUCCACUGGAGCUGUCUGAGAGCUCUGAGGAUCAGGUGACAGUGCAUUUUAUAAAUCGAGAUGGAGAGCGGCUAACGACCACAGCCAAAGAAGGGCAGAGUUUGCUGGAAGUGGUAGUCAAUCACAACUUGGCCAUCGAUGGAUUUGGUGCCUGUGAAGGGACAUUAGCCUGCUCUACCUGUCACCUCAUCUUUGACAAGGACACCUUCCAAAAGCUUGAUGCCAUCUCAGAUGAAGAGCUAGACAUGCUGGACUUGGCAUAUGGACUCACUGACACAUCGCGCCUUGGCUGCCAGGUGUGCGUUAAGAAGUCGAUGGAUGGUGUGACAGUGAGGGUCCCCAUGGAUGUGUCGGACAUGAGGAAGCAGCUGGAGGUUGGAAAGCAAAGCAAACAGUGACUGGAAACGUCUGCUGCACAGCUUACACCCUCAUUUAGGCGUGGCAGGGUACUUAGCUCUUGGUUGACACUGUUGCUUUUUGUGGCUGGCUCGCAGUAGGCCAUAAAGGUCUGAUUCAGUACAAAAGGCGUGUUUGGCAAAUCUUUUAUUUGAACAAGGCAGCAUGCUUAAUAGGGUCUUUGGUAUGUAUUUUAAGUGCUUAAAUGCUCUGCUGAAUGCAACUGGAUUAAAGUCUAUGGCUUUAUA